CAUCCACACUCAAGCAUGCUCAGGACAAGGCUCACUGCCCUGCGUGGCCUCGCAACCCGACAGCCCAUCCAUGCAACUCCCGCGAGACUGGCCGCGCGUACAGUGACGACGGAUGCUGCCAGUUCCGACCACAAACCGCAUGAGUCUACGGAAGACAGCGUGGCUGUCAAGUUGAAUGAAGAUUCCUUCGACAUGUAUGAGCUGGAUGCGCCCUCUCUCGACAUGCACGUCUCGAAAAAGGAGCUUCUCAAGAUGUACGAAGACAUGGUCACCGUUCGUCGAUUGGAAAUGGCGGCUGAUGCGCUAUACAAGGCAAAGAAGAUUCGUGGAUUCUGCCACUUGUCGACUGGGCAGGAGGCCAUUGCUGUGGGUAUGGAGAAGGCCAUUACACUGGAAGAUGCCAUCAUCACGGCUUAUCGCUGCCACGGAUUCACCUACAUGCGCGGUGGGUCCAUCAAGUCCAUCAUUGCAGAAUUGCUCGGCCGCAAGGAUGGUAUCUCCUACGGCAAGGGCGGAUCUAUGCACAUGUUUGCCAAAAACUUUUACGGAGGAAAUGGUAUUGUGGGUGCUCAGGUCCCCGUCGGUGCUGGUAUUGCCUUUGCCCAAAAAUACAGGGAGCAAAAGAAUGCCACAUUCACCUUGUAUGGUGAUGGUGCUUCCAACCAGGGACAAGUCUUUGAAGCGUACAACAUGGCAAAACUUUGGGGUCUGCCUGCCAUUUUUUGCUGCGAGAAUAACAAGUACGGUAUGGGAACCGCAGCGAACCGAUCUUCUGCAUUGACGGAUUACUACAAGCGCGGUCAGUACAUUCCUGGUAUUCGUGUGAAUGGCAUGGAUGUAUUGGCUGUGAAGCAGGCGUGUGCCUAUGCGAAGGAGUACACAUCAGAGGGUCGUCCGCUUGUUAUGGAAUUCGUCACAUACAGGUAUGGUGGUCACUCCAUGUCUGACCCCGGUACCACGUACAGGACUCGCGAGGAGAUUCAGCAGAUGCGAUCGACCAAUGAUCCAAUUGCAGGACUCAAGGCAAAGAUUCUGGAAUGGGGUGUGUGCGAGGAGCAGGAACUCAAGGAUCUUGACAAGUCUGCGCGUGCUCGGGUCGAUAAGGAGGUCAAAGAAGCUGAAGCAUCACCUGCACCCACGGCAGACCUCAAGACGCUGUUUGAGGAUGUGUAUGUGCGUGGAUCUGAGCCAGAGACCUUCCGUGGUCGCACUGUAGGUGAAGUCUUGAGCCGCAGUGAGUUGUCUGGACACAAGUAGAGCAGCAGAGUAGCAAUCGCUUGAUUUUUUGUCAUCUGAAGAGUGUCGC